UUUCUUUCUCCAAAGAUCUCACUUUCCUUCUCUCUUUUUUUCCUUUUUCCUUUAUUUGUGGCCUUUGCUUUGUUGUGAUUUGCUGGGAGGUUUGUAGCUGGUCAAUCUGCAGAGCUUGAUUUUAAUAUACAAGAAAAACAGUGAACGUGCUCUUCUUAAUUUGUCUUUGUUGUCUUAAACUACAACACCACCUCCACGCUUGGAAGUUAACAUGAUUAGCGUUGUUGUUUCUCUGUGAAGUUCCAUUAUUUUAUAUAGCAAACGGGGAAAAACCAACCAUUUUAGAGGGAGAUAAUGAGAUAUCUUUGGAGUUUGAGCCAUGUUUGUCUCUGAGAAUUGAAAAGUUUUCUCUAUUUUCUUUGGAGUUUUAGCUUAGCAAGUACCAUUUUUGUUUCUGUUUCAGAAGAGAAAAGAGAGGGUAUUUGUUGAAAUCACCAUUGCUUCAAAGAAAGUUGCCUUAUGUGGUAUAUGCAUGUGUGCUUAGGAUUUAUUGGGGCUUAGAUAUGAAGCUGGGAUAGUAUUGUGAAUUUGUUGAUGGGUCGAAAGUUGCAACAGAGCCAGCACCAGCACCACUCGGUGGCUGUGAAAGUGAAUGAACAAAUGGGGACCAAAAGAGGGUACACAUUUAUUCAGUCUAACAGGGCUUGGUUACCAAAAUUUCUAUUGCUUUGGGUCAUGGUGAUGGCUUUUAUCAGCACUUGGAUCUACAAAAAGAUGGAUGCCGACAACAAAGUGAGGAGGAAAGAAGUACUGAGCAGCAUGUGUGAUCAAAGGGCAAGGAUGUUGCAGGAUCAAUUCUGUGUUAGUGUUAACACUGUUCAUGCCUUGGCCAUUCUUGUAUCCACUUUUCUUUACUUCAAGAAUCCAUCUGCUAUUGACCGGGAGACCUUUGCAGAGUACACUGCAAGAACUGCUUUCGAGAGGCCAUUGCUUAGUGGGGUGGCCUAUGCAGAAAGGGUGGUACAUUCAGAGAGGGAGGAAUUUGAGAGGCAGCAUGGCUGGACAAUUAAGACAAUGGAGAGGGAACCUUCUCCUAUCCGAGAGGAAUACGCUCCGGUGAUAUUCUCUCAAGAAACUGUUUCGUACAUCGAAUCACUUGACAUGAUGUCAGGGGAGGAGGAUCAAGAAAACAUCUUGAGGUCAAGGGCUACUGGGAAAGCUGUCCUAACUAGCCCUUUUAGGCUACUUGGUUCUCAUCAUCUUGGUGUUGUGUUGACAUUCCCUGUGUAUAAAUUCAUGCUCCCAACGAGACCAACUGCGGAAGAGCGCAUUGAAGCCACUGCAGGAUACCUUGGUGGAGCCUUUGAUGUGGAAUCUCUUGUGGAGAAUCUACUUGGACAACUUGCUGGAAAUCAGGCAAUUCUAGUCAAUGUGUACGAUAUUACCAACUCUUCGGAUCCCUUGAUCAUGUAUGGUCACCAAAAUCAAGAUGGUGACUUGGCUUUGGUCCAUCAAAGCAAGCUUGAUUUUGGUGAUCCGUUUCGGAAGCAUCAAAUGAUAUGCAGAUAUCAUCAGAAGGCACCCACAUCUUGGACCGCCCUGACCACGGCAUUCUUAUUCUUUGUAAUCUGCUUAUUAGUUGGCUACAUUUUAUACGGUGCGGCAAUUCACAUUGUUGAAGUUGAGGAUGAUUUCCACGAAAUGCAAGAACUAAAAGUUCGAGCAGAAGCUGCUGAUGUUGCCAAAUCACAGUUUCUGGCAACAGUUUCUCAUGAAAUUCGGACUCCCAUGAAUGGUAUUCUUGGGAUGCUUGCGUUGCUUUUAGAUACGGAUUUAAGUUCAACACAAAGAGAUUAUGCUCAGACUGCUCAAGUUUGUGGCAAGGCACUUAUAACAUUGAUAAAUGAGGUGCUUGACCGGGCAAAAAUUGAGGCCGGGAAGUUGGAGCUAGAAACUGUCCCUUUCAAUCUUCGUUCUAUCUUCGAUGAUGUUCUUUCUUUGUUUUCCGAGAAGUCUAGAAACAAAGGUGUCGAGCUGGCAGUCUUCAUUUCUGAUAAAGUACCAGAACUGAUUAUCGGGGACCCAGGGAGGUUCAGACAGAUAAUAACAAAUCUAGUCGGGAACUCUGUUAAAUUCACAGAGCGGGGACACAUAUUUGUUAAAGUUCUCCUAGCUGAAAAUGAGAAGCCCGUGACAGAGGUGAAAUCCGAAAAUUAUUUGAACGGAGGGCCAGAUGAAGGUGUACUGAUAUCAGGUGCACGCCAUUUCAAAACCUUGAGUGGCUACGAAGCAGCUGAUGAGCAGAACAGUUGGGAUCACUUCAAUCAUUUAGUCAUGGAAGAAGAGUCGCGAUAUGAUGCCUCGAUAAACAUGGAAGUUGCCGACAAAGCUUCUCGGGGUGUCACUUUGAUGGUAUCUGUGGAGGAUACUGGCAUUGGAAUCCCUUUAAUCGCACAGGACCGAGUUUUCAUGCCAUUCAUGCAGGCAGAUAGUUCAACUUCGAGAAAUUACGGUGGAACUGGUAUAGGCUUGAGCAUUACCAAGUGUUUGGUCGAGCUAAUGGGCGGUCACAUAGGCUUCAUUAGUCGGCCACAAGUUGGAAGCACAUUCUCAUUCACCACCCAUUUUGAGAGUUGUAAAAAAGCUUCAUAUAAUGAUACGAAAAAACCUGUUUCCGAAGAUCUUCCUUCCGGUUUUACGGGAUUGAAAGCAAUAGUAGUCGACGGAAAACCGGUAAGAGCUGCUGUAACCAGAUAUCACUUGAAGAGACUUGGUAUUCUGGUUGAAUUUGCAAAUAGUGUCAAGAUUGCUGCUUCUGCAUCCAGACAAAAUGGUUCUUCUUGCGGAAGUAAAAUCCGGCCGGAUAUAAUUCUUGUUGAGAAGGAUUUAUGGCUUUCCGGAGAGGAUGGUGGAUCGAGCUUACAAAUGUUCGAUGGGAAACAAAAUGGGCAUGUAUUUAAGUUGCCUAAGGUGAUUCUACUUGCAACAAAUAUUACAAGCGCAGAACUCGAGAAAGCAAAGGCGGCCGGUUUUGCAGAUACCGUGAUUAUGAAACCGAUGAGGGCAAGUAUGGUGGCUGCUUGUCUUCAACAAGCGUUGGGGAUAGGGAAGAAGAGGCAGCCUGGAAAACUCAUGUUGAAUGGAUCUCCGGUCAUUCAGGGUCUACUCUGCGGCAAAAAAAUAUUAGUCGUGGAUGACAAUAUGGUUAAUCGUCGAGUUGCUGCUGGUGCAUUGAAGAAGUUUGGAGCUGCUGUAGAAUGUGCUGAAAGUGGAAAAGCUGCACUGAAAUUGCUUCAGCUUCCACACUGUUUCGAUGCAUGCUUCAUGGACAUUCAGAUGCCAGAAAUGGAUGGGUUUGAGGCAACUCGUCGAAUUCGAAUGAUGGAGAGUCAGGCGAACGAACGGAUGCACGGAUGCAUCAAAGAAGAUUCUGCCAGCAGGGGAGAGUGGCAUGUCCCGAUAUUAGCCAUGACAGCUGAUGUUAUUCAUGCCACCUCCGAUGAGUGCCUGAAAUGCGGGAUGGACGGAUACGUCUCCAAGCCCUUCGAGGAAGAAAAUCUCUACCAGGCUGUUGCAAAGUUCUUCAAAUCCAACCCCAUUUCAGUCUCGUAGCUACAACUUAGCCCUAUUCGGAAACACAGAGAAAACAAAAGUGGCGAAAGAUAUGCAGGUUGGACUUUUUCCAGCAAUUUUCCCCUAUCCUAUGGCUGCAUUUUGGUUUCUGCAAACGAGAAACAGUCCAUGGUUAUGGUUGUUGACUGCAUCGAAAGCAUGUCCCGACUACCGAUUCUAACCAAAUCGAGUUUAACUUGAUUGGAAUUUGAGUACUUGUAUACUACCACAGGGACUCCAUGCCCAUCUGUUUAUAUAGAUCAUUACAAGGGGAUGGAUUCAAAGGUGUAAAUCUGAUUUCCUCGAAAGACUUAACAAGCUUUCAUCUGCAAAGUGGUUUUUAUGCCUAUAUAUAUAUAUGUGUCUUAUUUUUUUGUAAAGACUUUGAUGUUUAGUUUU